AUGGGAAAGAGCACCUAUCCCCCGUACAUUAUUGUCAGCCUCACGAUUUGUAUCGAUGCCGGGCCGAAGGAGCGCAUGUUCAAGGCCGAGGAUGAAUCUUCACCACAAUAUGACUAUGCCAAGGUCGUCCAUGAUGCCAACGGCGAUCAGUACCAGGCUAGAAGCGGAAGUCAUCGGAUUCUUUCUUUUUACUUGCUAAUUCACUACUACCGUCUUUCAGAUGACCGCUUUGCCAAUGACUCGCCUGCUCAAUGCGACGUUGCGAAAAUGAGACCAUCUCUUGGCAUGAAUGAAAUACUCCUCUCUUCGGAGGUCGGUGCCCUGAGCAAGGCCGAGCGUCUAGAAGGGAAGGCUGAACUCGCCCAGUGCUUGGUCGUGAUCCAACAGCAGUUCCGAUUCGCCACAGCUCUUUGUUUGUGGUUUCAGCCCACCGGAACGACGGUCAUACUUCCGGUCCAUUUUCGAUGUGUACGGUCCCGUCAGAUUAUUGCCACGUUGUCCGAUGCUCAAGGCCUCUUCAUGAAUACAUGA